UUCGUUCAUUUCCUUACCUUUUCAUAUCUAAGUGAAAAAAAUGCAGAUAUUAUAUUUACUUUCUCUUGAAAGAUUCUAUUGUUAGAAAACAAUGAAAAUCUAUGGUUUCACUUUUGCGGAAGGUAUUAUUUGUGAUAGUUGGUGUGCUGUGCUUGGCAUUCUUGACUUCUGCUGAGCCAUGUGGAGAUGGCGGAUACUGUACUGGAGUUGGAAGAUGCUGCAGAACUGCAACAUCAUACAAAUGUGCCCCUGUCGAUAAUGUUGUGUGCUGUCCUGGUGGUGACUACAGCUGUCCAAACGGAGAUUCUUGCGUCAAAAUUCUCUGGUGGUUCAUUUGCGUCAAGUUAGGAACCCCCACGAGAGACGGAAGCUUUGAAUUGGAUGCACUCACAAAGGCUAUAACGAAUGAUAAGUGUUAUGAGUAAAGUAAUCAGCAAUGUAUCUGCUUCAUUAUCAUUAUUAAAUAAAUCAUUUUUCAAUCAA